CAAAUGAAACUUCAUCUUACUCGGGCCCCAUACAAUACACAGUGGCUAAUUACUUGAUGAAAAUGAUCAGGUUUCUACUGCCGAGGUGCUCUAUGACUGACUCGGCGUUUCUAUGUCAAUGACUGUAAUUCUGGUCAUGAUGGCAAAAACUUAACAUCCGAGUGUAUUUCUUUUCUUUUCUUUUCUUUUUUGCAGAGAACAAUGAAAAAUGUACUCAUUAAUACAUGUGCUACAUAUUUAAUUAGUUAGUUUAGCAUGUAUGGAUUGAUUUGGUCAUAAAUUAAUUCGCUCAUUCAUUCACUUGUUCAUGAACCAGUAGGCCUCUCUAUAUUGACAUGUAACCAUAAUGUGAGCGUAUUGUGUACGUGGGCAUUAUAAACACUGUCGAGGCCUUGCAUGUCUCCUCCCAACCAAAUAGUCAUGUAAAAACAUUUUAGGCAAUAUUCAAAAUGGGUAGUGUCGUGUCUUGGUCAUUAGCCUAUACCCUGUAGUAGCAUGUAGUGUUAUUGUAUGGCUAAUAAGAGGAUAUUUGAUCGUUUGGUCAUAUAGGCGAAUGUUCUUGAACACACACACACACCGAUAAAUGAUCUCAGCACCAUGGAGAGGUUUUGUCCAUACGGUUAGUCGAUGUUGUCCUAACUAACCAGGAGUUCCAGAAAAAAGAAGUUCCUCCUUUACCGAACCCUGUCAAAAGUGUUCCGAUAUCAAAAGGAUCUUCAUGCGUCUGUUUCCAUGUUGUAUCUGUAACACAAAACCUCUUGAUGUGAUUAAAUAUUUAAGUCGUACAAGUAGUCAAAUAAACACACCUGGUGACCAGUUAAUUUGCCAAGAACCUCUUAAUCAUACAUAUACAGAUUAAGGAAUAUACUCCAUCUCGAUGCACAUGUAGUAUUGUAACUAAACUGCAUGCAUCUAUGUAGACACUGUGACAUGUUCCGUGCGGUCCAAACACAUGUGUUCUCCACUUUAACACAGUAAUUACAAGAAGUGUAAUUACAGGACACCUAGUCAUGACCUGCAGCAUUAUAUAUGAUAGUCAAGGGCUGAAUAGUGAUAUUGGUUAUGGAUAGGAUACAACUUAAACCUGCAUUUCGGUUUGUGUGUGCAUGUUUCACACAUAAUACAAAAAAUAACAAUACAGUAUCUGGUGUGUUGACGCGUACGUGUUUCAAGUUAAAUGUACGGCCAAUUUGCGAACGUGAGGAGCAAUAGGCGGUGUUUUAGCCAGGGAGUGACGUUAUGAGGCUGGUCUUGGUGAAAUCUACCAAUGAAACGAGCCAGUUCGAUUCAUCUGGGGUUGAUCGCUAUGAACGGGUGUCGGAGGUUUACAAGGCAAAGGAGCGACCACAACAAGACGCGGCUAUUGAGGGGAUGCGGCAUCGAUACGCGGGAGCUGUUCACCAGCACCAAUUCCCCGACGCAGAACAACGCAACGCUCAGAGCAAUUCAGCGACUUCUGAAAAAGGAAAUUCGAGUCCAGUCGCACCCCUUUUCAGUUUGCCACCCCCUCCUCCAUCGCAGAGAGAACGAUCAACCUCCUCCUAUCAUCAGAACCACGAUGACCUGCCUUGCCAGAAUCAGUCAGCUACGCAGGCUGUCCACGUCCGUCAGUUGCAAUUCGGCAAGUCCCCGUCUUUGACAAGUCAAGAGAUUGUUCAGCGACCUGCACGCCAGGGUGGUCCAUUUGAAACCCAGCUUACGCGGCCGCAUGAGUCUUCUGGAGCAUCGGUAGCCUCAACGCAAUCGGAGGUGUUCCUUCUCGAGAGCCGCCACUGCAGUUUUUCUACGGAGGCGAACCAUACUCAUCAGCGCGAAGCCCACAUUUGCCCGCAGCCCUCCCCUUCUCACCUGCCGCCGCCUCUGUUUUUGCAAAAUCCUAGUCCGAGAGAGAAUUUUCAGUAUAGCGCUAAUUACCAACACGGAGCCAUUGCGCAACGGAAAGCGGGGGUUUUCGAGCACCGAGACCAAAAGCAAUUGUUGCAGCAACAGCAGUGCAGCGCUAUAGGGCUUCAACAAAAGAACACAUUCUCACAAUCAGUCACACAAAACUCAUGUCAUGGACAAAUUAAUGUAUGUGAGCCAACGGUGACGAAUCAGCGAUUUUUUGAAUCUCCGGCUCUGGACUUGCAGCAGCAACAGCCUCAAUUGCGAGCUCAGCGUCAAAUACUAGUAGGGAGCAGCCUCCCUAUCAACUAUUGCACCAAAGGCGCGGGAGAGCUGUGCAGAAAUAACCAAGCACCGCCACUGCAACAACAUUGGCAAGAGGACGUACGCGGACAGCAUCUCCAUUCGCUGCCGCAAAUUCCGCAAUCCAGUGGCCAUGAGAGUGGCGAACUAAACGAUACAUUCAGCAUACGGCAGGGGCAACAGUACCAGGCACCUGAACAUAUACGUCGACUGGUGAGAAACUCAUCUGACACCAGUAGCAGCAACAGCAGCCCACCGUACGGAUCCAGCAACCAACUGUGGCCAGAGCGCCAUUAUCAAGAGCGAAGGAGUCGAACCGAUAAACAAAAGGUCAAUGCUGAGACGACGAAGCUGAGCCAUGCCGGAUCCAAGCUCUCAGUCUCCGCGAGCAGCAGCCACUCGUUGCCUCAGAUAGCCAUGAACAGCUGCAAGUACAAUGGGGGAGUGGUAAGACCACUGGGCAGCGUGGCGUCGUCACGGCGCAACCUGGCAGAGCACGACUCGGAGACCCAACCGCUGCAGACGCUGCACAGCUCCGGCCUGGAGGUGGUGGUCUCCAAGGGCAACAGCGAUGAAAACAGCAAGGCGUCCAACGAAAGCCUGGUCGGAGAGGGCAGCGGAAACGGAAAGAAAAACAAGGACAUCGGCUACAAGCUCGGCCACCGCAGGGCCCUGUUCGAGAAACGCAAGCGGCUCAGUGACUACGCCUUGAUAUUUGGCAUGUUUGGGAUUGUUGUCAUGGUGACAGAGACUGAACUAUCUUGGGGGGUUUAUACAAAGGAAUCCUCAUAUUCAUUUGCACUGAAAUGCCUUAUCAGCCUCUCCACUGUUAUUUUGCUUGGUCUUAUUAUAAUGUACCAUGCCCGGGAAAUCCAGCUCUUCAUGGUGGACAACGGUGCGGACGACUGGCGGAUCGCCAUGACGUACGAGCGCAUCUUCUUCAUUGUGCUGGAGCUGCUGGUGUGUGCCAUCCACCCCAUCCCGGGACAGUACGUCUUCACGUGGACGGCGCGCCUGGCCUUCACCUAUGUGCCCUCGGUGGCGGACGCCGACGUGGACAUCAUCCUGUCCAUCCCCAUGUUCCUGCGGCUCUACCUGAUCGGCCGCGUCAUGCUGCUGCACAGCAAGCUGUUCACGGACGCGUCGUCGCGCAGCAUCGGCGCGCUCAACAAGAUCAACUUCAACACGCGCUUCGUCAUGAAGACGCUCAUGACCAUCUGCCCCGGCACCGUGCUGCUGGUCUUCAGCAUCUCCUCCUGGAUCAUCGCCGCCUGGACCGUGCGCGUCUGUGAGAGGGAUACCAUGUACCACGACAAACAGGAAGUGACCAGUAACUUCCUGGGGGCGAUGUGGCUAAUCUCUAUAACUUUCCUCUCUAUUGGCUAUGGAGACAUGGUCCCACACACAUACUGUGGCAAAGGCGUGUGUCUGCUAACGGGAAUCAUGGGAGCUGGUUGCACUGCACUAGUGGUUGCCGUGGUAGCCAGGAAAUUGGAACUCACCAAGGCUGAGAAACAUGUCCACAACUUCAUGAUGGAUACACAGCUCUGUAAACGAGUUAAGAACACAGCUGCCAAUGUACUCAGGGAAACAUGGCUCAUCUACAAACACACAAAGUUAGUGAAGAAGAUUGAUCAUGCCAAAGUGCGCAAACACCAGCGCAAGUUUCUACAGGCCAUCCAUCAAGCUCAGAAGCUUCGCAGUGUGAAGAUGGAGCAGAGGAAACUCAAUGACCAGGCAAACACCCUGGUGGACCUGGCUAAGACCCAAAACGUGAUGUACGACCUGGUGUCGGAGCUGCAGGAGCGGAGCGAGGAGCUGGAUAAGCGCAUUGGCACGCUGGAGGACAAACUGGACUCAGUGACGGGCACCCUCCAGGCCCUGCCAUGUCUCAUCUCCCAAGCCAUAACCCAGCAGCAGCAGGACCUCCUGGACAGCUUCAUGCACCGCUACCGGCCUGCCUCGCUGGGUUCGGACCGCUCCUGGACCCCUUCUCGGCGCCGGAGGUCACCUUCCACGGCGCCACACACCUCCUCGGACAGUGGCUAGCCGACCCGGGAUGGGUACUGGCACUGACACUGACACAGGGCGGAUCGGAUCUAAAGCUGCUGCAACUCCAGCACAGAAUCUCCUACGACAAGCAGACAGCCAGCGACAACUGAGAACUUAACAUCAAGUGACUGAACCCGAUCAUUAAAAAAAUUUGUAGAUUUAUGGUUUAUGUUUUGGCCAUUGUAUGGCUGUUCAAGUUAGCUUUUUUGUAAAGCCCUUGUAUACCAAUGGACUGAGUAGAAGUGUGCUGGAGAAAGAUCUGAGGAAGGGAUGAGCCGGAGGGAGCGUCCAACAGAAUGGUCCAAAAAAAUAGAAACAGGCAACAGCAAAGGAGGUUCACAGGAGGAGAUCAGAUCGACACACAGACUUCCCAUCCAUGAAACACACGAUGCCGUUGUUUUCCGUGAGCCAAGGUGAUGUGAGACGGCCUCGGACUUAAAGAUAGGAGAUGGCAGGAGGGGGAAGUACAUGCCAUUACUACUGCAUAGGAUAUUUUACACAAAAAUGCCAAGUUAAAAGGAUUCUGUUCCCUUGUUCUUUUAAAGGGAAAAUGGGGAUGCGACUAACUUUUUUUAGUUAUAUAUUGGCAUGUUACUUUUUAGUGCCUGAAUGUAUAAAAUUGUGGAGGGUUGUUAAUUUACACAUUUUUGGAGCGGGUUUUUUGUACACUGUUGAUACGAGCAUUGCAUUCCUUUUUCAGAUACAUUCCUCUUCAGAGAACGCUGUCUUAAUAUGAUGUUUACCAUUACCUCCAUUAUGCAGUUUACUCUAUGUUUCAAAAUCUUUUUAUAUGUUUACUAACUGAGAGGCAAGGAAGUGAGACCAACGGAAAGAGAGAAAGAAAGACAGAUUUGAACAAAGAAAGAAAGAAAGAAAGAAAGAAAAA